AUGGCCCUGGAGGAAAGUGGCAGGCGGGCGGAGACUUCUGGGAGCCACGUGGAGAUCUGGGGCUCCCCUGGGGAAGCCGGAGCCGAAGGGCCUUUCCUUUUGGAGCAGACGUCGAGGGACUCCACCGACCGGUCCUCCGAAAGCGACGACGGCUCCCGCGAACCCCCCAAAGUGCCACGAGACGAGGCGAACACGAACGCCGAUGAGCCGCUGUGGAGACCUGCCCUGACGCCUGUGGGAGGGACGUCCCACCAGUGCACGCGCCGCCAGGAGCAGCUGCAGUCCAAAGCCCUGCAGGCUUUGGAGGGGUCCCGCCAGGCAAGUGAGGAAAUAGCUCGGCUCAUGAAGGAGGCUUUAGCCAGCCAGGUGGAAGCCCGGCGGGCUGAAAGGGAAGCCCGGCAUGAGACGAGCGAAGCCCUGCUGGAGGCCCUGCGCGAAGAGACCAGGAAUUCUGAGCGGCUGCUGGCGGCAUCCAAGGACCUGGUGAAAACUCUUCGUGAAAGUGACAAGCGGUUCCAGGAACGGCUGUCCCGGCACAGUGAACAGAUGGAAAGGCUUGUGUCCUGGCUGGUGCCCGUCAGGGAGCAAAAGACCACUUCUGCCCCUCGGCCCCCCAUGGGUGGGUCAGUGCCCCACAGCAACCUUGCAGAUGCUGAAUGCGCACCGCCCUCGAAAUCUCCCCGCCUGGAAGGAGCGUCGAAUCCCUCCCCCCAGUGCAUGUGUCUCUGUCCCCCAGCCCCAAAAUCCCCAAGGAAACAACGGUGCCCCAGAAAGUUACCAAAGGUGAAAUAA